CAGCCCAACCCCCCUCCCUCCUCGUGGAAGAUAUGGAAGAGGAAGAUAAAGCCGCUGGCUGCGGGCGCUGACGGCGCGCAGCCCGCAUGCCUCUGCCGCCACAGCCGCCGCUCCAGCGAGCCGCUUGCAGCGGGAUGAGAUGCAACUUCUGCUAAUUGGAUCACAGGCUUAAGCUGUAACUGGGUAUCUUGUUAUCAAAACCAAAAUGAAUAACUCAACGUACAUAAACUCUUCCUCUGAAAAUGUGAUGGCCUUGGAGAGCCCCUAUAAAACCGUCGAAGUGGUGUUCAUUGUCCUGGUGGCAGGAUCACUCAGCCUAGUCACCAUAAUCGGGAACAUCCUGGUCAUGGUGUCAAUCAAAGUCAACAGGCACCUCCAGACUGUCAACAAUUAUUUCCUGUUCAGCCUGGCCUGCGCUGACUUGAUCAUCGGCAUCUUUUCCAUGAACCUGUACACCCUCUACACUGUGAUAGGCUACUGGCCCUUGGGGCCCGUGGUGUGUGACCUCUGGCUGGCUCUUGACUAUGUGGUCAGCAAUGCCUCUGUAAUGAACCUGCUCAUUAUCAGCUUUGACAGGUACUUUUGUGUCACCAAGCCCCUGACGUAUCCCGUGAAGCGGACCACGAAGAUGGCUGGCAUGAUGAUCGCAGCUGCCUGGGUGCUGUCCUUCAUCCUGUGGGCCCCUGCAAUUCUCUUCUGGCAAUUCAUUGUGGGAGGAAGGACUGUCCCAGAUGGGGACUGCUACAUCCAGUUUUUCUCCAACCCUGCUGUCACUUUUGGCACUGCCAUUGCAGCGUUCUAUUUGCCUGUCAUCAUCAUGACUGUCCUUUACUGGCAAAUCUCUCGAGCCAGUAAGAGUCGGAUAAAGAAAGGAAAAAAGGAAGCUGCCCAAAACCAAGAAACAGUUUCCCCCAGCCUUGUCCAAGGUAAAAUAGUAAAACCAAACAAUAACAACAUCCCAACCAGCGGGGAUGGGUUGGAGCACAGCAAAAUUCAGAACGGAAAAACCAGCGAAGAGACUGUGACCAAUAACUGUGUUCAAGGCGAGAAGGAGAGCUCCAACGACUCCACCUCCAUCAGUGUGGUCGCUUCCAACUUGAAAGAGGAUGAAACUACCAAAGAUGCCAGACCGGCUUCUGCCUCACAAGACCAUGUCAAAGCAGAGAACUCCAAGCUGACAUGCAUCAGGAUAGUCACCAAGUCCCAAAAGGGGGACUGCUGUGCCCCUACCAACACUACCGUGGAGAUCGUAGGCACGAACGGGGAGGAGAAGCAGAACAGCGUAGCCCGGAAAAUCGUCAAGAUGACAAAGCAGCCAGCCAAAAAGAAACCACCCCCUUCUAGAGAGAAAAAGGUGACAAGGACGAUUUUGGCCAUCCUCCUGGCCUUCAUCAUCACCUGGACCCCAUACAAUGUGAUGGUGCUCAUCAACAGCUUCUGCACAUCCUGCAUCCCUGGCACCGUAUGGACCCUUGGUUACUGGCUCUGUUACAUCAACAGCACCGUCAACCCCGCCUGCUACGCACUCUGCAAUGCCACCUUCAAGAAGACCUUUAAGGACCUUCUUAUGUGUCAGUACAAGAAUAUAGGAGCUACAAGGUAAAAAUAAUAAUGAAAAUAAUUAUGGAAAGGGUGGAGAAGUUCCAAAUUAAAUUUAAAAAAACCCUUGAUGCUACAGCACUUUAUGGUCUUCUAUGGAAUGUGCAAUCCAGGAUGUUAGUGGAAAUACUGAUAAGGGACAUCAGCUGUACCCCUGAGAACUACACUUUAAAACAGUUUUUUUUAAUAAAUGAAAAUAAAUCCUUAGGACAUGGGGAUGUUUGAGAAAUUAUUCAAGUAUGUGGACUGGAGGCACAGUUCCUUACUUUCUGAGAGUAUUCGGCAGAAGGGCUUUAAAGUCUAUGAUUUUUGGGUCAUUCUGUGUAAAAUACUUGUUCUUUCAUUCUCUUUUUCUUGUUGGUUUUUUUUCUCCUGUGUGUGUUUAUUAUGUCUUCAUCCAGGUAAAAAAAAAAAAAAAAAACAAAAAA